AUGGCCUCUGACAGCUCUGCCUGUCUUGACGAGGCUGGAAAUCAGCAGGACGAAAUUGAUCGUUCUGAUAUUGAAGACGACCAUAUUUCGGAUAAUGAAGAAGACCAACGUUCCAGUAAUGGAGAAGGCGGUCAUUCUGACAGUGAAGAAGAAAAAACGCAUCUGGCGAUCAGUCGAAAGUUCGAGGAAGUAAUUCAGAAAAAUGCAAAUGCUCUCUUAGGAUUUGAGAAAGAGAGGUUAGAAAAGGAUCAGCUGAUCGACAAAUUACUGAAGAAGGUAGAGUGCCUGACAGAAGGAGGAAUCCAGAUGGAAGAACACAUCAGAGACCUCGAAAGACUCAACAAAGAAAAGGAAAGAAACAUCUCUUCAAUGUCCGAAGAGAUGCAGAACCUGAGAGACGAAGCAGCGGAAAAGGCGAAGGAUACAGAAGCUCAAGAAAAGGAGAGGGAGCAAAAAGACCAGAUGCUGAUCAUUUUGGAAAACACGGUCGUAGUCCUCGAGAUGGAGAAGGAGACGUUGCACCGAGAUCUACAGCAAAGUGAAAAUAGCAGGAAAGAAAUGGAAGUCCAAAUGAAAAGGCUAAAUGAGGACCUGGAAGGACUUCGAAAAGCGAACAGGAGGAAAGAGACGAACAUUGAAAACUUGAAGAGCGAAAACGAGCGGAGGACCUCGAAGAUCAGAGGUCUAGAGGACGCGUUACAAGUCCUCAAAAUUGAGAAGCAGAUGACCCACGAAAAUUUGAAACAGCUCGAAGAAUGCAAAGCAGAAUUGGCUGAGAAAAAGGAGGAGCUGGAGAAGCUGAGAGAACAGAACUUGCAGAGGGGCAGAGAGAUCCUCCGACUGGAGAAAGAGUGCUGCACCCAGAAACAACUGGAAGUCAGCGGUCUGCUUAAAGAAUCUAAAACUGUUAUAGCAGAAAAACCGAAGGCAGAUGGGAAGAUGAAUGACCUGAUGAGAAGGAAAGUCAUACUUGAAUUCGAACUUGCUGAGACGAAGGAGGAAUUAGAGACAAGGGAAUUUGAGAAGAUGGAGGCAUUGUUGGAACUCGUAAGACUCCAAGAAGAGCCCUUGGGUCAGGAUACGAAGAUCAGCUGUUUGGAAACGAAAGUCAGAAUCUUUACAGGAGACAAGGAAUGUCAGGCAAUGAAAGGUCCAGUACCAGAGAGGAAAGCUGAAGAGAAAAAGGCUUCGGGUAAAACUCGACGUCUGAGGAAGCCCCAGAUCAACUGCAAAGUCCUCUACCGACGAAUGGACAGCAUCGAGGAAGAACUUCGCAGAAUCAAAGGAUUGCAACGACCUUCAGCUGGCACCAAGGGUCAUUCAAAGGCCCCGACUAAACCUCCAUCAAUUGAGAAGCCUCUUAACAGAGAGGAAUUGCAUCAGAAAAUGAGGCUGAUAUCUGCAGCCAACCUCCAACGGCUGGAGAAGGAUGCUAAAACGGUCCGAGAGCUCUACAAGAUAAACGCCGUCACGUAA